GCCGGGGCGGCCGGCGUGCUCCGGCCGCGCCGCCUUCGCUGCUGCACGGCCAGCUUGCCCUAAAAUGGGGAAACCUUCCGCUGGUUUUCCCCCCUCGGUAACUGAAGACCCUGCUCUUCUUUCGCGUUUCACAGUGCGUCUGUUUUCACUGGUCGGGACGGAAUCUGCCGUAAAGUACAGGCUUCGAUUUUGAUAUUAAAAGUGCUCUUAGAUCUGCUGUUUAAACCAGUAUGCUGUGUUACCUGAAUCUAUUUCCUCAUCAGUGCGGCAGACAGUUGAAGUUGGGAUUCGAGGCUUUUCUUCUACCAGUCCACUCACCUCUCGGGUUUUAUUUUGUUUCCUCGAGCAGUGGACGUGUUCCUGCCAAUCUCUGGGUUAUUAUUUAAUUUGGACAGAGCAUAUUUAAGACUGAGCAGAUGGCUGAAAACAGUCAAGGGAAGACCGUAACAUGUUCCUUGUGCUUGGCCUCAUUUCAACCAAGCAAUGUCGUGGGUUUUUGCCCCCAUUGCAACCAAGGUCCCGUAUGUUUUGGGGGUGUGUUAUCAGAGACAUCUGACCAAGCAGCCAGUGACAGUACAGCCGCCCUGGAUGCCUUAUUGCCUCCCCUGUUGAAGGAUUCUGUUUCUAUGGAGGAGAUGCCAAAAUUGGAGCUGAGAGAACCUUACAGAAAAAUUUUCACGCAGUCAACUCGCAGCCGUAGUGCAGAAGUCAAAAUUCCUCAUACCCGAAUAAGUGAUGGAGCUGCUAUUCAGGAAAUCUAUUCUUUUGGAAGGAAACUAGGACAAGGCAGCUUUGGGGUGGUAAUUGAAGUGAAACACAAAGACACUGGAAAAAAAUGGGCCAUUAAAAAAGUGAACAGGAAAAAGGCUGGAAGCUCUGCUAUGAAGUUACUUGAACGGGAGGUGAGCAUCUUAAAAAGAGUGAACCAUGACCAUAUAAUACACUUAGAAGAGGUGUUUGAGACACCAAAGCGGGUGUAUCUUGUAAUGGAGCUGUGUGAGGAUGGAGAACUUAAAAAAAUUCUUCAUAGUAAAGGACACUUUACAGAAAAUGAGACAAGGCACAUCAUUCAGAGUCUUGCUUCAGCAAUAGCGUAUCUUCACAAAAAAGAUAUUGUUCACAGAGAUCUAAAACUGGAAAACAUUUUAGUUAAAAGCAGUGACAUCGAUGAAGCAAAUGAAAUGAAAUUAAACAUAAAGGUGACUGACUUUGGUUUAGCUGUGCAAAAGGCUGGUGGUAGUGUGUUUCAGUCGAUCUGUGGGACUCCUAUAUACAUGGCCCCUGAAGUUAUCAGUGCCCAUGACUACAGCCAACAGUGUGACAUUUGGAGCAUAGGUGUCAUUAUGUACAUGCUACUGUGUGGUGAACCACCUUUUACAGCAAGCUUAGAAGAAAAGCUUUUUGAACUAAUAAGAAAGGGAGACCUGUACUUUAAAAAUACAGUUUGGGAUACAGUUAGUGAGGCUGCAAAACAAGUAUUGAGACUACUUCUGAGAGUAGAUCCUGCUCACCGAAUCACAGCUAAUGAAUUACUUGACAACCAGUGGAUAACAGGUGAAACACAUGCUGUUCAGAGACCUUGUAACGUCUUGGAGUUGAUGAAGGAAUGGAAUAAUACUCUGGACAUUGGUGAAGUAUGCAGUGUGGAAGAAGAAUCAAAUAACCUAGCUAGUACAUGCCAACAAGAUGAAGUCAGUGAAGCACAAGAAAGCCCUACCAGUAACAAUGGUAACGUAAAAUGUGGUGCAGAAACUGAAACAGAGAAUGGGGGCAAUAAAUCCUCCACAUCAGCAAAACAGAUCAGCAAGAAAAAAAGUAGCAUACCUGUUUUACCAAAUGGAACACUGAGAAAGAAGAAUAUGACCCUCAAGACUGCCAGUGCUUCCCCUGCAGGUAGGUCAACAUCUCCAGUAUCAAUUUCAAAGCGGAAUCUGGAGUGCCAAGAGAAGAAGGGAGAAUUGGACAAGUCCAUAGGGCCUUCAACCCAGGGACUGGGAAGUAAAAACAUACAGAAGCCUGCUGUCACACCCGGAACCAAAAAGAAAUCAUAGGACAUCCAUCAACUCUGAAUGGCUUCAGAGUGAACAACUAUUACUUGUGCCAAAAUGAGCAGACUUUAUAAGGACGGACAACUAUAUCCUGAACUGUUUGUCUUUUUACUUUCCUGAACCCUUUAAUCAGAAAGCUUUAGCUUUCCUUUAACACUGAAGAAAAUCUAACAGCAGUGUGAACUCCUAACCUGUAAGAGGGCAUCCACUGAUAGUAUUUUUGUCAGAGUACAAAUUACAGAAUUGUCUAAAACUGUAUGUAAUUUAUUUGUUCUCUGCUAACAGGCCCCAUGCCAGGUAGGCAGUUUGCUUUCACAAAUCCAUUUUCCUAUGUUUUACUUGCAUCUACUUUCUUCGGUUUUGUCCCAAACAUUUAAGGGGAAAAAUGAGGCCAGAAUCUGUAAUAGGGAUUCCUGAUAACUGUGUGCUUUACACCAUGAGAAUAUUCUAGGAAAUUGCUUAUAAAUUUGCUCUAGGCGCUACAGCUCAAGUGCUUCAGUCUGGAAUUUGUUCCUGCUAUUUUAGGUUGCUGUCAAUUGCUUAUUUUUAGGCAGAACUUAUUUUAAGCUUGACAAAUGGGAGACGUGUUUUUAAGUACAAUGGAAUUGCUGUGGUUCUCACUACUGAAUUUCUGGUGUUUUGAUUACAUUCUUUAAAUAAAACAGGUGUUAGAAUUAA